CUUCGUUGCCUCUCGGAGGUCGGCCGCGCCCGCCGAGUUGACCCCAAAAGUGAAUUAAUUGCCCCGAGUUGGGGUUUUUCCUUGGUCCCGCGGACUACUAGACUGCACUUUCUUCCCUCCUAUUCUCUCUUUCUCUCCCUGCCUCUUCUCACCGUCGCAACUUUCGACCCCAGGGUGUAUCCCCCGUCUGUUCCUUCUCCGUUGUGGUGACGUCCAAUUGUGACUCCCUCCCAUACUCUCGGUCGGAACAGAUCCGGUCAUGGAGAAAACCACUCAACAAUCCCCGGCCGCGCCCGAUCUCGAGGCCAGUCCAACACCAGAGUCCCCGAAAGAGUCAACCCUUGCGCGACGAUGGAAGCAAACCCUGGACCCGACCCACGCCGACCUGGUGUGUCUGAUACUCUGCUUUCUGACGGGUCUCUGCGAUAGCAGCGCAUACAAUGCCUGGUCCUGUUUCCUGGGCAUGCAGACCGGAAACACUAUCUUCCUUGGUCUCGGCGCCUCAAACCAACCCGCCAGUAAACCAUGGGGCUGGCUCAAGUCCCUCGUCUCCAUCGCCUCCUUCUUCUCCGGCGCCAUGAUCUUCUCAGUCAUCAUGCGUCGCGUCGGCGCUCUCCGCCGCGGCACCCUCUUCUUCUCCUUCCUCAUUCAAGCCAUUCUCAUCAUCAUCGCCGUGGCGCUCAUCGAGGCCGAUCUCAUCCCGCACAGCUCGAGCGACCAGUCCCUCGACGGCGGACCCCUCUUCCUCGAGCUGAUCCCGAUCGGCCUCUUGGCAUUCCAGUCCGCGGGCGGAAUGACCUGCAGUCGCUCGCUGGGUUAUAAUGAGAUUCCGACCGUGGUGUUGACCAGUGUUUACUUUGAUAUUGCUUCCGAUCCGAAGAUCACGGAUAAGCCUACGUCUAAUGUCAAGCGCAAUCGUCGCAUUGGCGGUGUCGUGUUCCUCUUGGUCGGUGCGAUCGUCGGUGGAUGGUUGAGUCGCAGCAGUGGCGGUAUGCAGUCGGCCUUGUGGAUGGCUGCUGGUAUCAAGCUCGUGUCGGCGAUUAGCUGGCUCUUCUGGAAGGCUGCUGCCCCUAAAUAGAGGGGGAGGGGCGAAAGAGGGGGAUUUGAGAGGGGAACUUGUUGCUUCGUGACGGACUUUUGGGCUGAUCGAGUUCAUCGCUCCUUGCUUUCAAUAUAGAGAUCUCAAUAGACUGCGAUGCUGGUGACGAGGCUCGGGGUGGACACGGGCGCAUUGCAUAGUACAACUUCAGCGAUAUAAUGCGUAUAGAUAGAUCUAUAUAAUACAUAUUUACAUUGACAUCCAU